UUCCGGGUAAGGAAACCAUGCGCCUGUGUUCUCCUUCCUGUUGCUGCGGCUGAGUAAGAGCGGCUCCAAAUCUCAAUCCAAGCAAAAGCGUGGAGUCCUCGAGGCCCGAGCGCCCGAGUCCAUGGCGAGGAUCAAGCGCCAUGCCACCCGGAGGCUCUGGCGCCGAUCGAGAGAAGAGAAGAGGCGGCUUAGUGAGGGUGGAGGAGGCACCGUCACACAGCAAACCUCUGAAGCUGAUAACCAAAGUAACAGCGACCUCAAGAUCGUCCUGGAGGAUCUAACCGUUGAAGAGAUUGACAGAGCUUACCACUGCGUAUUCCAUUUCAAUGAGGUCUAUGGUUCGUUACUUCUGAAGGAGGACGGACUCCGUGAUGACAUUGAGAAGUUCUGCCAGUUAAAGGCUUCAAUGGAUGAGAAGAUAACAAACAUAAAGAUGAUGAUAAGGUCUCCAGACUCCGAGAGGAUCAAGAAGUUGAAGGCCGCCACAAGGAGGAGCAGCGAGCUACAGGACGUCAUACUUACCUUGGAGCAGGAUCUUGCAAGCGUGAAGUUGGGACAGACAGUCGCUGAAGCAAACUACGUACAACUCAUGUGCACGUAUAGUCAAUGAGGAUGCGAUCGGUGAGGGUGACGAUCUGCUCUUCGGUUUCAUAGGUCACGUGCUUAGGUGAACGGUGGAAUAGUGCUCGGUCGUUUUUGAUGGAACAGUGCUCGGUCGUGUUUGUCAGACCCAGUCGUAUGAGUAUGCUAUCAAACUGUGGCAUCACUGCCAUCUCAUGACCUUCUUAAAAUGGUAAGGAGCAGUAGA